AGACAAUUAAAUUUAAAUAAUAAUGCUGUUAUUUUUAAGUUUUAAUUUGCUUUUAGUUGCCUUCAAAGUAAAUGGAUGGUAACAUUUUUAGGGGACUGCGAUGUUAGGGAAGUUUUUAGAAUUUGUCCAGGAUGUCCGGGAUACUGUCAAAACCGGAUUCCGUCUCAGUGUUUUUUUCCAUGUGCUCCAGGUUGUACAUGUUUACCUGGAUAUUUGAGGGAUGUUUAUACAGGGUAUUGCGUGGAGAGGGAGUCCUGUAUUAAAAAUCAAUUCAUGAAACCAACUCAAAAUGUUCAUCAAAGAUUAUUUUAUGGCGAUUAAAUAAAAAGUGUACCUAUGUGUUAUUGUAAAAAUUGUAUAUUUUGCGUUUUUUUGACAUUUUAUUUUAUGAAUUAUUUGUAGUUAAAGAUCUAAAU